UUGGAGGAUACAUCAGAUCGUGGGCGGCACCAGCUGUCUUUUCUGGUGUUUUCACCACCACAUUGACCAUCCUAGUGAUGCACUGCACUGAAAUAUAUUAAAGCUAUUUGGCAUGAUGUGUUGUGGGAGGGCACAUAAUGCACAUUAUGUCAUUCGUAACGCGUAUGGAUUAGAUUUCUUGUUUAGAGAGAGCGAGAGAGCGAGCCUCUGUAGUAGGCUAGCCUUCGGUGGGGAGGCAGGGGGACGUUCUGUGGGAAACCCAACGUUUGCAUGCCACAUCAGUGCAUUGAGCCCACGGGCGCAGUGAAGGCUUCGACUAGAUGAUUUUCAGAGCGUGGAGGACAGAGAGAAGAAAUCUGUUGAGAUAAAUAGUCUGUUCAAAUGGAGAGACAUGGUGGUGGUGAUGAUGAUCCAAUGCAAACCAUAAACAAUCAUGAUAAAGUCUCUGGUAAAACCUUUAUAGUACACGACCUCUCUGGUAGUCUUCUCCCUGAGUUGGAAGAGCAAGGCGCCAUGAGGAGGAAUGACUAUUAUAUCCCUGUAUCCGUUGAGGAGAAGGCAGCUGACUUUGGGAACACUAAGGAUGGUGGUGAUGGCAAAUACAACCAGUAUGACUCCAUCCACUUGAACUUCCUCAAGUCAGAUGAAGCAGCCUCAGGCCCAAGGCAGGGGCCUACAUUCCAGGAUGGCCAGCGGCGGGUGGACUAUGUUCUCACAUAUCAUGUCCAGAAACCCCAGAGUGUUCACCGCAAGACAUCCCGCUUUGCAGAUUACCGCAUCCUCAGGAGCCUACGCCGCUGUCUGAGCAUGAUGAGAAGUCGGGACACACCACCACCCAGAGAAGACCCUGAGAUUGCUGCCUACAAGCAUCGCCUUGACUACCAUGAGGAUGACAAGCGCUUCCGCCAGAAUGAGUUUGAGGAUAACCUUCGGGAGAUGGGUCUGGAGCUAGAAAAGGAUGAGGGGAACAAAAUCCCGGGAAUUGGCUUCCUGAAGAUCCAUGCUCCCUGGAAUGUGCUCUGUCGGGAGGCAGAAUUCAUGAAGCUCAAGAUGCCCACCAAAAAGGUGUACGAGGUCAAACAGGGAAGUAAUGUGGUGGAGAGGAUCAAUCUGUUCAUCCACAAAGUGACUGCACCACUUCAUCCUAAAGUGGAGCCGAAUAGACCCCAAAAUGUGAAGCAUCUCUCCCACCCUUUCUCCAGGGAAAAGCAGCACCUGUUUGAUCUCUCAGACAGAGAGUCUUUCUUCGACAGCAAAACCAGGGCCUCAAUAGUAUAUGAAGUGUUGAAACGUACAAGAUGCACUAAAGCCAAAUACACCAUGGGAAUCACCAGUCUCCUUGGCAAUGGUGUUUACACUGCUGCGUACCCUCUUCACGAUGGGGAUGUUGACGGCGUGGGGGCGGAGGCCAAUGACAGAAAGAUCUUGUAUGAAGAAUGGGCAAGCUACAGUGUCUUCUACAAGUACCAACCAAUUGGACUAAUCAGGAAGUACUUUGGGGAGAAGAUUGGCCUGUACUUUGCCUGGCUGGGGGUUUACACCCAGAUGCUGAUCCCUGCUGCCAUAGUGGGGGUCAUAGUGUUCCUGUACGGCUGUGCCACUGUGGACAAUGACAUUCCCAGCAUGGAGAUUUGUGAUCCGAGAAACAACAUCACCAUGUGCCCACUGUGUGACCGCGCUUGCAGCUACUGGAAGCUGAAGACCGCAUGUGGCACGGCCAGGGCCAGCCAUCUUUUUGACAACCCGGCCACCGUCUUCUUCUCCAUCUUCAUGGCCCUCUGGGCUGCCAUGUUCAUGGAGCACUGGAAGAGAAGGCAAAUGAGACUCAAUUACAUCUGGGAUUUGACUGGCUUUGAAGAGGAAGAGGCGCACAAGGGCCACCAUAGGGCUGAGUAUGAGAUCAAAGUCAUGCAGAAGACCCUGAAGAAACAGGAUAUGUCUCCCAAGGAUGAAAAAGUGAAACUGACAUGUACAGACCGUGCACCAGCAUAUUUGACUGGCCUUUUCAUUAUGCUUUUUAUGGUUGGUGUGACCUUUGCCAUAGUGUUCGGGGUCAUCCUGUACAGAAUCUCCAUCAGGGCUGCCUUACACAUGAGCUCCAAUCUCACGGCUCGCUCCAACAUCCGGGCAACUGUCAAGGGCACCGCUGCUGUCAUCAACCUAGUGAUGAUCAUCAUCAUGGAUGAGGUCUACGGUGCCUUAGCUCGCUGGCUCACUCUUCUUGAGGUGCCAAAGACUGACAAGAGUUUUGAGGAGAGGCUGAUUUUCAAGACCUUUGUUCUGAAGUUUGCCAACGCCUUCACCCCCAUCGUCUACCUGGCCUUCUUCAGGGGCAGAAUGGUUGGGCGUCCUGGGGACUAUGUGUAUGUUAUCGGGUCAUACAGGAUGGAGGAGUGUGCCCACGCAGGUUGCCUGAUGGAGCUGUGUAUUCAGCUCUGCAUCACCAUGCUGGGCAAACAGCUCAUCCAGAACAACCUGUUUGAAAUCGGCAUCCCUAAAAUAAAGAAGCUGAUCAGGCGUCGGAGGUCUGAAAUGGACUCUCAGCAGCAGGAGGACUAUAACAUGACCCUACAGCGCCAUGAGAAGGACCACUUCCUGGGUCCCUUUGUGGGCCUCAGCCCAGAGUACAUGGAGAUGAUCAUCCAGUUUGGGAUGGUGACCCUGUUUGUGGCCUCCUUUCCCUUGGCGCCACUCUUUGCUCUGCUCAAUAACAUCAUCGAGAUCCGUCUGGAUGCUAAGAAGUUUGUCACAGAGGUCAGGAGGCCCAUCGCAGCCAGAGCAAAAGACAUUGGCAUCUGGUAUAAUCUUCUGAGAGGGCUCAGCAAAGUAGCAGUCAUUGUAAAUGCGUUUGUGAUUUCCUUUACGUCUGACUUCAUCCCUCGACUAGUCUACCAGUACAUGUACAGCCCUGAUGGCUCCAUGCAUGGCUUUGUCAACCACACUCUGUCCUACUUCAACGUCAGUGACUUCCAGCCUGGCACUGCUCCUCUGCAGCCAAUGCACCUGGGGUAUGAAGUGCAGAUAUGCAGAUACAAGGACUACAGAGAGACACCAUGGUCCAACACCCCCUAUGACCUCUCCAAGGAGUUCUGGGCUAUACUGGCUUGCCGGCUGGCCUUUGUCAUUGUAUUUCAGAAUGUGGUGAUGCUGAUGAGUGACUUUGUUGACUGGCUGAUCCCAGACAUCCCCAAGGACAUCAGUCUGCAGAUCCACAAGGAGAAGCUCCUCAUGGUGGAGCUCUUCAUGAAGGAGGAAGAGGGCAAGAAGCUCCUCCGAGACAACCACACCAACCAAAGUCCUCUUCAGCCCCGCUCUCGCCCUGCUUCGCAUACACCUUCUAACUGCUAGUGCCCUGGUGGGUGGCUCCAUCUGCCCAUUCAUCUGGUCUGGUCAAAAACCUUCAGCCCCUCUGUCUGGACUUGGACACUCCACACACACAGCGGCCUACUCAAGAAAAGAGGGAGGCAGUUAUUGGCAGGCUUCUGCACCUGCACCCCUUCUGACUUGUAGCAAGUCAUUGCCCAUCUUUUUGGUGAACCAGGUAUCAGGCAGAAGGCUCAGAGGGCUUUUUUUCUCUUUUGCACAAGAAUAAUACAAUGCAGGAAAACAUGUAGAUCUUUUAUGAAUAUGCAAUUUUGCUAGCUAAUGUUUUUAUUUUGUAACUUUUGCCUUUUUAAGACACUGAGAUCAGGUAAAGGAGCUUGCCAUUCUGCCUGUUUACCAUGCCAAUUUUCCCUUAUGUCAUGUUUUUUAUGUCCUGUUUGUUAUUAUACUAAUUCAUAUCUAUCAUGAGCUAGGUUUCCAUCCAAUUCGCUUAGAUUUUCAUGUGAAUAUUCUAAAAUCUGCAUAAAAACAAUAUGCACAUUUU